AUGAAAUCGGAAGAGAAAAAAGAAGAAUGUAGAGACAAAAGUAGAACAAAUACGGUUCCGUCCGCACAUGACAUCAUCGUAGAUAGACGUGGAUUGCUUAAAAACUUAGAGGAUUCUUUUGGUUGCUGUUGUUUCUUUCUGACGGAGAUCAUCACCUUUUUCUGGAAUAUUUCGCUUCAUAAUGCCGGAGAUAUAUCCGAGCCUUCAUCUCAAGCAAUCAUACAUUCGCAGACGUCUACAUGUUUCGUGAAGUGA